CCAAAAGCCCGUUUAACAAAUUUCUUUAUCGGGUGGGUUGGUUUAGUUUAGGGUCUAUAAAUACAAGCUCCGCAACAGAAAAUCCUUUUUUUUUCCUCUCUCCUCCAUUACCACCCUCAUCACUUAUCUGCCUACUCGCCGGCAAUAUUGCCGGCCGCCACCCUUCCCGGAAUAUUCUCCCUUUAUUCUCUCAUCACCCUUUCUCGCACAAACACAUCAUAAAGGUGAUGUAUGUGCUUCUUUUGGUUAAAAACCAGUUUAUGAAGGAAGAUUGAGAGUCAAAACAAAUCAUGGAUGGAGUUAAGGUUGUUCUUGAUGGAGUGAAGGGGGGAAUAAUAUCGGAUGGCCCAAAAGAGCCCGGGCUUAAAAACGUGAGUUCACAGCUGUCGAUAUCCGAAAUGGACGAUUUUGACCUCUCGAAGCUGCUCGACAAGCCCAGACUGAACAUCGAGAGGCAAAGAUCGUUCGACGAGAGGUCUCUUAGUGAGCUGUCGAUUGGUAUUUCGAGAGGUUUGGAUUAUUACGAGAGCGCGUAUUCUCCCGGGAGAUCGGCACUCGACACGCCUGCCUCGUCUGCUCGUAACUCUUUCGAGCCGCAUCCAAUGGUUGCAGAUGCUUGGGAAGCUCUUCGAAGAUCAUUGGUGCAUUUUCGUGGCCAGCCAGUUGGGACUAUAGCCGCCUAUGAUCAUGCCUCGGAGGAAGUUUUGAAUUAUGAUCAGGUUUUCGUUCGGGAUUUCGUCCCUAGUGCACUAGCCUUCCUUAUGAAUGGCGAGCCAGACAUAGUAAAAAACUUCUUACUCAAAACACUUCAGCUUCAAGGGUGGGAAAAAAGGAUCGAUAGGUUCAAGCUAGGUGAAGGUGCCAUGCCAGCUAGCUUCAAAGUGCUUCACGAUCCUGUUCGAAAAACGGACACAAUUGUAGCCGAUUUUGGGGAGAGCGCAAUCGGGCGAGUGGCCCCGGUUGACUCGGGUUUUUGGUGGAUUAUUCUUUUACGCGCGUACACAAAGUCAACCGGAGACCAUUCUUUGGCCGAGACUCCCGAGUGUCAAAAGGGGAUGAGGCUUAUUUUGGCCUUGUGUCUUUCGGAAGGGUUCGACACUUUUCCGACUUUGCUUUGUGCGGAUGGUUGCUCGAUGAUUGAUCGGAGGAUGGGCAUAUACGGCUACCCGAUCGAGAUCCAAGCCCUCUUCUUCAUGGCCCUCCGUUCAGCCCUCGUGAUGCUCAAACACGACACGGAAGGCAAAGAGUUCAUCGAGAGAAUCGUUAAGCGGCUUCACGCCCUUAGCUACCACAUGCGAAGCUACUUCUGGCUCGAUUUCCAGCAGUUGAACGAUAUUUACCGUUACAAAACAGAGGAAUAUUCUCACACGGCAGUCAACAAGUUCAACGUCAUCCCUGACUCUAUUCCCGAGUGGGUUUUCGACUUUAUGCCCACUAAAGGCGGUUACUUUAUUGGCAAUGUAAGCCCGGCCCGAAUGGAUUUUCGAUGGUUUGCUUUGGGCAAUUGUGUAGCUAUUUUAUCGUCUUUAGCCACGCCAGAGCAGGCCUCAGCUAUAAUGGACCUUAUUGAGGAGAGAUGGGAGGAAUUAGUUGGGGAAAUGCCUUUGAAGAUUUGUUAUCCGGCGAUUGAGAGUCACGAGUGGCGGAUCGUGACUGGUUGCGACCCAAAGAACACGAGGUGGAGUUAUCACAAUGGGGGUUCUUGGCCAGUGCUUUUAUGGAUGCUAACAGCCGCUUGCAUCAAAACUGGGCGCCCACAAAUUGCGAGACGGGCAAUCGAUCUUGCUGAGAGCCGCUUGCUGAAGGACAGCUGGCCCGAAUAUUAUGAUGGGAAAUUAGGAAGAUUUAUCGGCAAACAAGCUAGAAAAUACCAAACAUGGUCCAUUGCUGGUUAUCUAGUUGCGAAAAUGAUGUUAGAAGACCCUUCACACUUGGGAAUGAUUUCGCUCGAAGAAGACAAGCAAAUGAAGCCCGUUAUCAAGAGAUCCUCUUCGUGGACUUGUUGAGAAGUCGCAAGUAAAAGUCAAAAAAGCUCCGCAAAUACGAGGAUUGUAGGAAGAGAUUUGAGGUGAGACGCGAUUAUUUUUUUACGUUAAAAGAAAAAGGUAGUCGAUUCUUUUGGCGGGUUCUCGCUCGAUUGUUGUAGGUGUGUGAGGAUAUAAAAGCUUUGGUCUUGUGUACAUUAGUGUGUGUCCAGCAAGAUUAUCCAUCCUUUUUUUUUUCUGGGUCCUUUUUAACCUUUUUGUCUUGUUAUUGUUAAAAUAAGAAUGACUCUUGUUGAUUUGUUUCUUGAUUCUUGCAAGGAAACUUUGUGGGUUUGAAGCUUUUGUUGUUUGUUUUUAUGUUUGAGAGAUAGAUGACUUGUGUAGGCUAUAUUACUUUAUUGUGAAGAAUAUGUCUCAAAACAUCAUGCUUACAUAAUGAUGUAAUAAUUUGUUUUGAAGUGCUCUAUUCUAAGUAGUGUUGGGGCAGAUUUGACCUUAAGAUUCAAA